AAUUUUGAUUUGUCGAAACUCAGUAGACAAAUCCUCACUUCAUCAAUAAUGGAGUCCUCUUCAUCUUCUCUAUCUUCCUCAGCUUCUCUAUUCCCACCAUUCUCUCCCUCCCUUUGGGGCUACAUCAUCUUAUACAUCCUCCGCCCCUUUCUCGCCAUACUCUUUGCCCUCUCUGUAUUACUUUUUGGGUGGUUUUUGGCGUGGAAGCUGGUGCUUGUUCAUGUCCCGUUGGUGCAAGAGAUCUUUGGUUUGCGUAAAAAACCGGUCAAGGCCAAACCCGAGAAUCGCCGGCGACUCACGAAGUUCUACAACAGCAUUGAUGCCCGAAAUUCAGCUUCUUGAUGGUUCUUAUCCAAGAUUAUAGCAGUGAAAUGUAUUCAUGAACAGAACUGUUGAUUGUGGACUUCCAUUGUUCCUCUCAUUGAAUUGAUCAUUGACUCAGACAACUAAUGUUAGUUUGAUGAGUGCCAUCAGGAAGGUGAUUUCUUUGUGCUGUAAAAAUUUCAACAGUGGCUUUGGAUCAUCCUUACUUCAGCGUUGUUUUAAUGCAGAUUUAUCCAUAGAACUAUUAUGGUGAUACUCUGUCCGAGUGGUACCCAUGUUAAUUGUAAAAUUGUAGGCCCAAUGCUCAAUGUUGUGUUCCAUUUAAACUCACAUAUUCUUCGAAUUUUUAAUUAGCCCCUUCUGUCCGCAGCUACAAUGUAAUUGCUUAUGUUUCUGCAAUGAAUUUCUUUCUAGUAUUUGGAUUUUA